AUGAUUCUUGGAGUGUUUUGUGCUCGAAACUUGGCAUCGGUUGAUGCGAUGAAUAAAAGCAAUCCAUUUGUGGUGGUUGAAUUGGUGAAUGCAUUAUUGCAAACACAUACGGAAUACAAAACAAUUAAUCCGGAAUGGAACAAAAUUUUCACGUUUGCGGUAAAAGAUAUUCAUUCAAUAGUCGAAAUAACUAUUUCUGAUGAAGAUCCAAACAAGAAAGCAGAAUUCCUGGGCAAAAUUGCGAUUCCAUUGCUGCAGAUUCAAAAUUGCGAGCCAAAAUGGUAUGCUUUGAAGGAUCGAAAAUUGCGAACACAAGUUAAGGGACAAAUACUGCUGGAAAUGGAUAUCGUCUGGAAUCCGAUUCGUGCAGCAAUCCGUACUUUUACUCCACGUGAACGGAAAUACAUGCAGAGAGAUCCAAAAUUUAAACGACGUCUUUUCAUAAAUAGUUACACAAGACUUCGAGAAUUCCUCUUGGUAUUGGUGGAAAUUCGAGAUUAUGUGCAGAGUUGUUUCGAUUGGGAUUCACCCAUGCGCUCCCUAUUUGCCUUCGUGGUUUUUAUAAUAUUCGUGUACUUUUUCCACAUUCACCACAUUCCAAUCAUUAUAUUGCUUUUCUUCCUUCGACCUUAUAAAAUCAAAUCUUCGAAAUCAAAUAAGAAUAGCAGCAAGUCGGUUUCGGAAUCCGAGGAAGAGCCUGACUUCAUUGAUACGAAUGGACAGUCAUCAUCGUCAAUCCGUGAACGCUUCAACACCUUUCAAGAUACAAUGGCUAAAGUACAGAAUACGAUGGAUUUUGUUGCAUCACUACUGGAACGAGUUCAAAACACGUUCAACUUCACGCAACCGUAUCUUUCAACGUUAGCUAUAGUAACACUUUCUCUUAUUACCAUUUUGCUUUAUUUUGUGCCACUAAGAUGGAUUGUUAUGAUUUGGGGUAUUAAUAAGUUCACGAAAAAAUUGCGCAAUCCAAAUUUUAUACCAAAUAAUGAGCUUCUCGAUUUCCUUUCAAGAGUUCCAAGCAACAAUGAAAUUAGAAUUUACAAAGAAUUUCCGGUGCAAGAUGCGGGGAUCAAUUUACAGUUUAAUAAUGUUCGAAGUAAAGGAAAUAAAUGA